GUUUGAAGUUUGGAUAGAAUGCAUGUUUAAUGAUUAUAAUUUGUGGUAAAUAAUUAAACAUUUAGUGCAGUUCUGUUUGUUGGAGAUUGGGUAGUGUUAGCUAGCUAGGUUGCUAAUGUCAAACUGUCUGCACUUGCCGUGUGUGUGUGUGUGUGUGUGUGUGUGUGUGUGUGUGUUUACCUUUCCUCCAUAUUAAUGUGAUUAUAAAUAAUCUGUUAUUGCCAAGUAGUUGAUUUGACUUUGUGGCAUUACAUGCAUGGAAAAACAUCUGAUUUAGGGAAAUUCCGCAUCAAAGAGUAAAGAAGUGAAAUUCCUUGGUGGUCCAUCUCCACAAGGUAGGACCAGCCAUGUUCAAAUCCGUCCAGCGUGCUCCCAUGUGCACCAUCGGUGCCAGUGCUGCCCGCCUGCAGGGCAUGAGUGCUUACAGACAGGCCAGCGGUGCAGGACGUGUCCAGUCUGGGACUGCUGCAUGGCUGGAGUCGCUCUUCACACGCCUCCACAAAUCGAUCCGAAGCUCCAGCGAGAAGAAGCCUGGAGGUCUGCUGUCCAUCCUGGCUGACCACUGCGGUUUUGUGACCGGACAGAGGCUGAGACGGGCGUUUCAGAUCGCAGAGCUGUACUCGAACCUGUACUCGGAGAGGAGCCGCUGGACCCUGGUGGGGAACAUCUGGCGCAGGCUGCAGAGCAAACACGCCCCGGCUGGAAAACUCCUGGCCGCCCUGGUUGGGGUUUUCAUGUGGGAUGAUGAGAGGAUCAGAGAUGAUGAAAUGAGGAGGUGUGCAUGGGAGUUACAGGCUCUGGAGGCGGUGAAGCCUCCACACAAAGGAAAGACCACCACACAGGCCGAGACCGGCUGGCAAGUGGUGAUGGAGAAGAAGACGUUCAAAGUUUGGAGGAGACCUAUCGAGGGGAGUCAUCUCUUCGAGUACAGAGUGUUCGGUUCCUACACUGACGUCUCUCCCAGACAGUUCUUCAACGUGCAGCUCGACACCGAGUACAGGAAGAAAUGGGACGCCCUGGUCAUUAAACUGGAGGUGGUGGACCGGGACCAGAGCACAGGGUCCGAGGUCAUUCACUGGGCCACACAUUUCCCAUAUCCGAUGUACUCCAGAGAUUACGUGUACGUGCGGCGCUACGACGUGGAUGUGGAGAGCAACCUGAUGGUCCUGGUGUCCAGAGCUGUGCAGCAUCCCGGAGUUCCAACCUCACAGGAGUUUGUUAGAGUUCACUCGUAUUGCUCCAGGAUGGUCAUACGUCCACACAAGUCCUUCGAUGAGAACGGGUUUGAUUACCUGCUGACGUACAGCGACGAUCCUCAGACGGUUUUUCCUCGUUAUUGUGUGAGCUGGAUGGUUUCCAGUGGGAUGCCUGAUUUCCUGGAGAAGCUGCACACCGCCGCUCUCAGAGCAAAGAACCACGAGGUGGGCAUCCACGACUACGUCGGCAUGACCAAGCCCAAGCAGCAGGCCUCUCCGGAGCGGCUGGAGGAGGGCGCGCGCGCCCCCGGAUCGUCCCAUAUUUAUGCCUGAAUAAAAACCAGCUGGCCAGAUUCUGUUAACCGUGAGCUCCACACAUGAGGUCACGAUGACGGCUCGGACUAAACCUGAAAAGACCUGAACCCGUUCAGACAGUGAAAGGGCGUGGCAGGAGCUGCUUCUGCUGCCCGAGUGAUGCCAGUGUGCGCUCACUGUAUGAUAUUUCGGACUGAUGUUUAUCAGACGUUAAGAUCUGGGACUUGUACUUGGUACUGAUGGCAUUAUUUGUGUUGUAUGAACUCUGCCCGUGUUUGUUGGCGUGUGGGACUUGAACCCAUGCCAGGCUUUUCUCAGAGCGUAGAAGAUUAUAACUGGUUAUGUGCAGCGGUCAGUAGAAUGGAAAUGAGGUGGGAACUGAAACGCUCUGGGUGGGAGUCUGUAAACGCCGUUGUUUAGUCUCAUUACAGGUCGAGACGUUUUGCUAAAGCAGUUAUGAGUUUAUUUACUUGAUUUGGUUGUUUUGGUACAUUUUCCCUCCAUUUCCCCAGUUUAUCUCCCAGUUUAGUCAUAUCCAAUUCCUGUGCAUUGUCAAUUGUGACUUUGAUCUGACCCAGAAGAGGCGGAUCACCACAUGCCCCCUUCCGACACGUGUCCGAUCUGCGGCCGCUUCUUAUCACCUGUCAGUGUUGGGUUCCCACGGAGAGACGUAUAGCGUACAGAGAGCUGUGCUAAUCAUGUGACCCCAGUCCCAGUCUUCCCAUAUCGCAGCGGCAUUGGUAAGAGACCCUACACGACCGUCCCUCCUUCAUACUGCGGCCAGCUCGGCGGCUCUGCUGAGAUUCCAACUCAUCCUGGCGCCCCGAACGUUUAUUAAUCUUAGCUUGAGGUUCCUCUACCAGAGUAAAACUCGACAUCAGCUUCUCCUGAGCCGAGCUGCCCUGCUGCCACUGCGCUUCCUCUCUUGUGGUCGAGCUGUGAAGCGUCUGUUGGUGGUUUUUCUCACUUCUCUGUUAUAAGCUGCGUAAACUCCAUACGCAAAGUGGCCAAAAAGUAUUUGGACACCCGACCAUGAGCUUCACAGCAUCGUGUAUCAGAACCACGGGCAUUAAUAUGAACGCGGUUGUCCUUUCAGGAAAGGCUCGGCACAAUAUUUUGUACUGUGUCUUCAGAAUUUUGAGCUGGCUGUAAAUCGGUGUUCCAAUUCAACCCGAAGAUCUUCUGCUUUGUCAUGUUUGGCAUAUUUGCUAUGUAAUGGACUUCAUAAGGAAUCUGUAAGCAGUGGGUGUGGCUGAAACAACUGAACUCCAUAAUAAUGAAGGGUGUCCACAUACUUUUUGCCCAUUAAGUGUAUUUGUUGCAUGGUGUAUUGAUACGAAGGUCUGUAUGAAUGGAGUAUUCCUCAGAGAUGAGAACAUGAAUGGGCGUGGCUUUAUUGAACCCGUUACCGCAGGGUGCCUUUAUAGUGAGAAACCUCCCAUAUUUAGGGGUCGCUGCAGCCAAAUCUGGUCCUCGUAUCCUAUAUUCCUAUCUCUAUCCGGGCCUGGGACCUGCACUGAGAGCACACUGACGAGCGCACCACCCGAUGUCCUGGCUGUUCCGCCAACCCCUCAAAUUCCUGAACCCUGGACCGCUGUACCACAUGAGCGUCUGCUAAAUACCCAACAUAGCUGUGACUAAUUGUGACAUUUGAAAGAGAUUUGUUGGACAUGAGAUCAGUGUGACAUUUCAGAGAAACAAUUGUAGAAUUUAAGUGGUUUUAAUUCUACAGUAUAUUAGAAUUAAUAUUUUGGAGAUAGGGGGUGGCACAAACAGCCUAGUUAUUGUGAGGUGCACUUGUCAGUGCGCUCUUAGUGCAGGUCCUAGGCCCGGAAAGAAAUAAGAGGGUUGUGCUGGGAUGUAAAAACAUUCAGACUUGAAGCACCCAAAAAUAAAUAAAUAAAUAAACAGGUGGUCUGUCAGUAAACAAAGGGAGUUUUAAGGACUUUAAGGAGCCUUAAUUAAAUAAAACCAGAAAUACAUGCAAAAAAACUUAAGGUGGCACCCGGGGUGGCCGAUAGCACCCAGACCAGACUUCUAUCUUUGCUUCAGCCCAAUUAGAACUGGAUAGAAGUGCAGUUAUUUCAUUUUAUGGUUUCAUUCUACCAAAUUAAUCAUUAAACACAAUUUAAUUCAGUUUGUUCAUGAUCCUUUUAAAAGAUAUUUGUAGGAUGUGAUCGUAAAGUGUGACAUUUCAGGAAAAAAACCAAUUAUAUUUUGGAAAUAGGGGGUGGCAGGAACAGCCUAGUUAUUGGGAGGUGCACUUGUCAGUGCACUCUAAAUGCAGGUCCCAGGCCUGAAUAGAAAUAAGAGGGUUGCGCCAGGAUGUAAGAACAAUGCCAAGUCUGAAGCGGUCAUAAAUAAAUAAAUACGCAGGUAGAGUUUUAAGGCCGCUUUAAAGAGCCUUAAGUAAAUAAAACCAGAAAUACAUGCAAAAAAUUUUUUAAGGUGGCACCCGGGGUGGCCGAUAGCUCCCAGACCAGACUUUUAUCUCUGCCUCAACUGGAUAGUGCAGUUAUUUCAUUUAAUGGUUUCAUUCUACCACAUUAAUUAUUAAACACAAUUAUUAUUUAAUUCAGUUUGUUAGAAUUUAGUGAAGCAGAAUGUGUGUGUGAAUGUUUGCAUGUAAAAAAAAAAAUCUACAUUUUGUUCCUUUUGUUUUUUCUUAGUGUCAUAAGAGUGAAAAAACUUUUAAAUAAGUGAAUGUUUAAAGAUUAAAUUGUUUGAAGAUGAAUAAAAUAAUAUGGAUUUAUGUAGAUAGUUUGAGGAAAUGUCCGGCCGUCUGAGCACGCUUCUGACUUCAGCAUGACUGACUCUAAAUGCUCGACUUUUGAAUGCAACACUUGAAUUAUCUGGUGGUUUUUAUUAUUCCUGAUGUGAAUCUGAUGGAUGUGAGAAAUAUUUGCAUUUUUUAAUGAUGAUGUGAGAGGAAACGUUAAAACAAAUCACCCGAAUGUUGUUUUUAUUCUUUCAUUAAACAAAUAACUGCAA